GGCCUUCGCGUCGACCAGCACCAAGUCCCGCUUCUCCAGCCAUGGAUCAGAAAAUUGAGCAGCAAAGAUAUCGCGACGACCGUGCCCGCUUGCGCACACUUUCAUAUGCUUCGCGCGCACUCCUUAUCUUGUUCGCACUGCUUGCUUCCUACCUUCUCCCUCCCUUCGACGCCUCUGCGAAGGCAGACUCGUUCACUGCGCCCUGGUCGGACGCGCUCGUGCGUUGGGAUGUCUUCCACUUUGCGCAGAUUGCGAGGGGUGGCUAUCAGUAUGAGCAUCAGUGGGCGUUCUUCCCGGGCUUGCCGUGGUUGCUGCGUGCCACCGCGUUCAAGGAGAGGGAUUAUCUGCUCGGUGGCGCGCUCCUCGUACUUCUCUGCGACACGACACUUGUCAUGUAUGACCUCUCGCUACUCGCUCUCGGCAAUAGGGACGCUGCCCUCCUGAGCGCCAUGUUGUCUCUGCUUCCGAGUAGUCCCGCGACGCUUCGUCUGGUCCCGUACGCUGAGCCGUUCUUCACAUAUCUGUCGUACAGAGGGAUGCUGUUCUGCAUGCGGACGCAAUGGCUUUAUGCUGCGAUAUCCUUCGCCCUCGCUGGUUCCUUCCGCUCGAAUGGUGUAACCCUUGCUGGAUUCCUCAUCUGGGGGAUGCUCAUAGCUCCCCUGCUCGAGAGAAGGGCGCACACCGUCCGCCCCUUCGUUGUUAUUCGAUGCAUCAUCUACGUCGCCCUCGUCUUCGCUCCCUUCGUCUACCACCAAUACACUGGCUACCGGGCGUUCUGCACGGCACCUGGACCUCCGACUACCGACUUAACAGACCUCCCCUCCUGGUGCACCAACACCCUCCCGCUCAUCUACUCCCACGUCCAAACCGCGUACUGGAACGUCGGCUUCCUCCGCUAUUGGACGCUGCAGCAGCUGCCGAAUUUCGUUAUUGCAGCGCCGCCGUUGGCAGCGAUCCUGUCUUUCGCCUUUUGGCACCUGCGACGCACGGUCCCGGGCUACGUUGCGGUUCUGAGGACAUACGUCUCGCAGGGCAAGUCGACCUCGCCUGGGGCUCCUAUCCCAUCCUCCACUACCACCUCGCCCGCGAUUACUUCACAGCUGCCGAGUGCCGCGCCCCUCCCCCCCUUCCUCUCCCCCGCGCUCACCCCGCACGUCCUGCACGCGACCUUCAUGGCCCUCGUCCUCAUCUUCGCCUCCCACGUGCAGAUCGUCCUGCGCUUCGCGGCGGCGAUGCCGGCGACGUACUGGGCGGGGGCGUGGUUGCUUGUUCGUGAUGGGACGGACUCGGCUGCCGAGGGAGGGAGAGGCUCGCGCGCAGGGCGAGCGUGGAGCUGGGGAAGGGCCUGGGUGGCGUGGAGUGUGGUGUGGGGGGCGCUGAGCGUGCUGCUGUGGGUGGCGUUUCUGCCGCCGGCGUAGGUGUGCCUGGGGGCGGGGAGGGGAUUGGGAAGAGCGAGGCGAGGAGAGAGGUGGAAGAGAUGCGGAGAGGGCGACACGGCGCUCAAGGUCAUAUUCAGCACGACAGGCUCACACUCCUACAUCAACUCGGGAGAAGUCAUCGCAAAAGGUGUCGCCUAGUAAUACAAUAUGGAACAUGAAGGAUUAGAAGGCGUGGUAUCAAGGUGAGGAGUUUGGUAUGUAGGGUUUGGUCAGUAUGCUGAACAUUCGUAGAUGGGCCAGUAGAUUUGGUAGGUAUUUCGUAGGGUGUGCACUGGGUAAAUAUUUUCAUUGUUCGUCGUGUUUACCCUUCACUGAUCGUACGUCGCUAUAGUACAAAGGCGGGCGCACAUCCUCGGCAGAGGACGGGCCUCACGCCCGGGAAUGAGGGAUGCGUGAAAGAUUGUCACUGGGAGCUUGG